CAUCAUGUGACCAGUCUCGUGACCAUCCCGGAAGAAGCGAUUUUAGCGCUGUCAACACAACGCUUACAGAGAAUAAACGCGAGAAUAUUCGCGCACAAGUUUCGUCGUUGUGUCGCUUCAUUUACAGUACAGCAAUGGACGGAUCUAUGAAAGCAUCUCUGGACGCUUCCGCCCCACCGCCGCAGUAUUUCAGAGGAAAUGAAAGCUCCCUGGUUUCAGCCCUCAAGACUCUGCUGUUCUUCACCAUCCUCAUGGUCACGGUGCCCAUUGGACUGUAUUUCGCAUCAAAAGCGUACAUCUUUGAAGGUUCGAUGAAGAUGUCAAGCUCUGACAGUUAUUUCUACGCAGCCAUUGUUGCGGUGCUCGCUGUGCAUGUGGUUCUGGCUUUGUUUGUUUAUGUGGCCUGGAACGAAGGCGCGCCUAAAGGCAAGGGCAAACAUGAUUAAGGCAUAUCCUUAUCAGCUUAGAAGACCAGAGGAGACAGACCGACCGACGUGGGGAGGGAUCCAAGCCCACCCCCCUCCCCUCACACCCCCUCCCAGGUCAUGGGCAUUGUAAGACCAUCUACAAUGAGCUGCAUUAGAGCUCCGAGGUUAAAGCCUGAAACUACUCUGUGUUCCCCGGCAAUGGCGGGGGGGAGUGGAGCUUGCUGAGUGUGCUUGCUCACCAGCCUCAGCGGGCCCGCCUUCUUGACUUUCUUUUUUUCUCUGAAAAUAUUACUUUUGUCAACAGAGGACAGCCGUGGUUUUUAAGAGGCUUUGUCAUAAGCUGCCAUUUGGCUAAGUGCUCUAAGUCCCUUCUCAGCAAAGAGUUUGUCUUGUAGGAAAGCAUCUUGGGUUUUGACUGAUGUGUGCAGGUGUGCACGCACACACACUUUGCCUCAUGUUUAAUGCAUAUGAAAGAUUUGCUUCCAAAAUGCUUCAAUUAGCUCGAAGUCAUGUUAUUUUAAUCACAUUUCAGUUGUUGUACAUUUGAGGAUGUCUCUCAGCAUCAUUAUAAACCCAUAAUGUGCUUAAAUCUCACGCAAACCAUAUCAUUCGAGUCAUCUGUUAACCCUUUUAAAUAGUGUUUAAAUUUGGUUUUCUUUCAGUUGAUGUGCGUUUGUGUGCCGUAGCGUGGCGACAUUAUGAAACUUUGGUGUUGCAGUGAGUUCCUAAUUCACACUGUAUUUAAAUUUGUGUGUUUUGUGUCGAUGAUGUAGCCAGUGACGUUGGUCGUCAUGCAGAUGUGAGUGCCGACUUGUUCAAAUAAACUGGAAAGUGUACAUUUUUGUUGUUUCUAGUGGUAUUUUCUAAAAAUACAAAGAUGAAAGGAAACGAUUUGUGCUUGGUUAAAGAAUUAAACUGAUUCUCUACAAAAUCAUCUUUUAUUUUUAAUAAAGUGCAGAGUUUUGUUUUCAGG